ACAGCCGUCGAUCUUCAUCUGGACGGCCAGAGUCGUCGCGUCCUACUUUUUAAAAGUUACCGCGCUGUCUUUUACCUGUCGAACAUGUCGCUUUCUACUUUACCCUGAAUUCUGCUUUAUAAACCACCCUCCAGCUUGUGGAAAGGGGAUCGGGAUUAUUCUGGGCUUGGCCCUUGUAGCCGCCGUGUUCCGGCUGGCGAAAACCCUAGCUAUCUUGUUUCGGAUCUGAGUGAAUCAAUCAGCAAAUUCCCCACCAAAUUGCUUGUUUUUCCUUCGAUCGCUUGCAAUUUCAGAGACAGCCACUACUAGGGCCUGUCACGUAUGGAAAAGUAUUUUCCAUAUCUAGGAGCCAGGGUUUUCAGCUUGUUCACACAAAGGCCAUGAUGACUUACCCUUUUUUUAAAUAGUUUUCUAUCCAGAUAUUCACUAGAAUAUAUAAUUUCUUUGAUGUGUCAUAUGAAAAAAGUGAACUAUUGCAAUUUAGUACUGCCAUACAUCAAGAAUUCCAUGAUAGAGCAACGGGAGAGUAAAACCUGCGGACACCAAACUAAUACUGCUAAAGUUGACUAGUCUCUUGAGUCUGAAUUAACAUAACAGUGGGUCCAUGUUACUAUGUUAGCGGAAUUUACAUUUUGCGCCACACAGUAAGUUUUUGUUUUACUUAUCAUUCUAAUGUUUUUGUCUUCUACAAGUUAUGCUGGAUUGCUGUCAAGCUAAAUUAUUUAGCAGAGUGCCUUAUCACCAUUGUAGUUGCAUAUUUGCAUUGUGAACUAAUUGCUGCUAUGGUAUUAUCAUGCAGUAGAAGACAGGCCAAAAGUUACUUUGGAUUUGUUUGAAGUUCAAGCUAGGCCAUAAUUAAUCUUGGUCGUUAGCAAUUUAAGAAAGGGUCUAGUAAUUUUUUGUUGAUCUCACAGUAAUGCAAUUUUUCUGAACCGCAGGAACUUAGAUUUGUGUGAUCAAGUAUGCUAGCUGCAGAUAGCAAUGCAGGGCACAAUAGGCAGUCAACACGCCCCAAAAGUGGCUAUGAACCUUCAGAUACAGAAACUGAGUGGCAUGAUAGCCCUUGGAAUGACGCAAUAUUGAAAUCACAGCGGACUCGGUUGCCUAAAGAUCCUGCUAGGGACCCCCAAGUUGGUACUAGAAGGCAAAAUACAUCUCCGAACCGUGUAAGAGAUUAUCCUGAUGAGAAAACUUCAAGCUUGAGGAAUAAUCGUACUCCUCCCAGGGUCACCGAACAGAGACGCCAUACUUCCCCAUAUGCUGGUGGAAACAAUGAAUCACGCAAGAAGAGCAGCCGGACACCUCCCAGAUUUCGGCCUUCUAUGGAAAAAUUUAGUCGAUCGUCGAUCAAGGAGAGGAUAUCCCGUAGCCGGUCAAUUUCUACACCGAAGCUACGACCUCAUGAGAAGGAGCAUCCUUCUAGAGUUCCUGCAUUCCGUGGCACUCCUGUCUCAACACAGGUAGAAAGAGACUCAAUUGAUGUUAUGAAAGGUGCUUCACAUGCAGAAAAUUGUUCCCCAGAGAUCAAUGAGUUAGUUGCAAAUAGCAAGGGGCCUAGUUCCAAACAUAAUGAGUAUACAUGUACAAGCACAGAGUCUGCAGGUGACAUUUUCUUCUCCCGUGACUGUAGGGCCCCGCUUGCGAAAACAUUAGUAAAGAAUAACAGUAUUGACAAAUCCUUCACCUCUGAUUCAAACGUCGAUGAUGCUGAUGUUACUCAAGCAAAUAGCAAUAAUUUGGGCCGGACAUCACAGUUUGUUUCAGUCAGGACUGGUUUUUCACGAACUACAAACACCAUCUAUGCUAAUGGUCGGCACUCCCAAGUUAGCAGUGGCACCACUUUGAGUAGGCGGUUAAACAGUGACCGGUUUAGUGGGGACAGUGGAAAGUUCAGUGAUUUCACUGGGAAACUAGUUGGAGGCGUCAUGAAAUUCACCUCUAGCAGGCAGAAGACCCAAAAUGAUGCUUGGUUUCCAUGUGUGAUUGGAAAGUCAUGUCGUAAACCAGAACCGACAAACCACAAAACAAAUGAUGAUUCUGAAUCAACUUUUAUUCGGAAGGCACUUGUUGUGGAGAAGAUUAGACUUUUCUGGGCUGAUAAAUAUCGUCCACGGACUUUGAAUGGAUUUACUUGUCACAGGGAGCAAGUUCAACAGCUUAAACAAUUGAUCUCGCCUGAGUUUUGCCCUCAUAUCAUUCUCAAAGGGCCUCCAGGAUCAGGAAAGAGAUCAUUAUGCAGAGCAGUACUCACUGAGAUCUUUGGUGAUUCCUCUCUGAAUGUAUCUCACUAUUUGAAGAGUUGCAAUGCCCAGGGACCUGCAUCUGCCCCCAUUUUUGUCCCAUUGUCAUCAAGUGAUCACCAUGUCGAACUCAAUAUGAGGUCUCAAUCCAAGAAUGCCAGAUAUGCUUUGACAGCUCUGGCAAAUGAAAUGUCAAGUAAGCAUAAAAUCACUGAGAUAUCUGCAACAAAGAACUUCAAAGUUAUUGUUCUCUAUGAUGUUGACAAAGUUAGUGAGAAUAAUCAGCGUUUGAUAAAAUGGAUAAUCGAUUCCUCCUCUGAUUCAUGCAAGAUAAUAAUGACUUGCCAAGAUGGGCCCCAUCUUCUUGAUUCUAUUACAAACCGUUGUAAGCUUAUUAGCAUUGGUGUGCCAAAUACACGUGAGGUUGUGGAGGUUCUCAAUCACAUAUCAAAAAGAGAGAGUUUCGAUCUCCCCGCAAGUUUGGCUUACACCAUUGCGACCCGAUCCGCGCACAACUUGAGGGAGGCGAUAUUAGCUCUGGAGGCAUGCAGAGCUAACAAUUACCCCUUUGUUGAUGGACAAGCUAUACCGCUAGGAUGGGAUGGUGUUCUUGAGGAACUCGCAGCAGAAAUUUUAGAAGAUCCUUCUCCCAAAAGGUUGUUUUUGGUACGAGGCAAGCUCCAAAAACUUUUGGUUGAAUCCGUGCCUCCUAAACUUGUUCUCCAGAAACUUGUAGAGCUGUUCCUGAAGGGAAUCCAUGCUAACAUAAAGAGGGAUGUUUAUUACUGGCACGCCUACUACGAUAAGAGGUUGCCGGCUGGAGCCAGUGCACUGCUGAAACUGGAAGAAUUUAUCGCCAAGUUCAUGAGCAUCCACCGGAAGAGCUUGGCAGCCGAUUCAUGAAGACUCUACUGGACCAGCCGAGAAAAGUUGGCGUGUCCGCACGCAGUUCAGCUGAACCCUGCAGCCAGUAUGUAUUUGGUUCACCGGUCAUGGAGCCUGCCGGCGUUCAUAGUAGUAGUAGUAUUUUGGAGUGGGGAAACGAGAUGAAACGAAACGGGGACUGAAACCAAUCCAUUGUGCAGUAAGCCUAUGCUAUGUACAGUACUUGCAUUUGGUCAGUGUCUGUACUCGACGAGUCUAUUAUGCAUUUUCACAUAGGCGGAUUUGAAAUGUGAAAGGAAAUAGAUCUUCACAGGUGUUUGAAGUUUGA